AUGUCAAUAGAAGAUCAGGGCUCCGGCAGCGACAAUCAGCCCUGGGCGGCGCAGCACACCGAGGACAGCCCCCUACCUCGACAACCUCCAGACACGCAUCCGGCAGAUGGUCUACAUGAACCGAUCUCCUUCAAGCGAAAGCAACGUCAUCAAUCGGGGUUCAGUCUCUCGAGUCUCUUCUCGAAUAACGCGGGUGAAUCGCAUGCGGGCUUUGGCUCCCCGGGGCCGCGAGGUGGACACAACGCAGAUGCAUCACCACCACCACCAGAAUCGCAGAUUCCGCUUGGAACCAAUGGCAAUGCCAACGCAUCCAAGGAUGGCAGCGGUCUUGACUGGUACGUGGAGGGCCCGGGACGGCGUGUAGGCUACGACGAUUUCACCGCCAUCGAUUGGAUCUACGAGUACACAAAAGAGCGCCAACGGAAACGGUUGCUCUACGCCAGUGGACAAGGCAUUAUGGGCCAUGCCCGUCGACUACUGGAAGCCAGUAAUGUCUGGUUUGUGUUGGUCGCAACUGGGCUCUCGGUCGGAAUCAUUGCUGCGGCGAUCGACAUUGCGACGGAUUGGCUGGGAGAUCUAAAGACCGGGUACUGCAAAAGUGGUCGAGGUGGAGGCAAGUUCUAUUUAAAUCGGAGUUUCUGCUGCUGGGGUCACGAUGACUGGACACCCUGGGGAAAUGCUUUUGGCGACAAAUCCACUGCGGGAGGCUUCGCUCUGGGAUACUUCGUCUAUAUCGUGUUUUCGUUGUUAUUCGCUGUUUGUGCCUGCAUCCUCGUCCGCAACUAUGCCAUUUAUGCCCGGCACAGUGGGAUUCCCGAAAUCAAGACGGUACUUGGUGGAUUUGUGAUUCGGCAUUUCAUGGGUCCAUGGACUCUAGCUAUCAAGUCCCUUGGAUUGUGUCUUGCUGUCGCAUCUGGCUUGUGGCUGGGGAAAGAAGGCCCCUUGGUGCAUGUUGCGUGCUGCUGUGCCAACAUCAUGAUGAAGCCUUUCGACGGUCUCAACAAUAAUGAAGCACGAAAGCGCGAGGUCCUUUCUGCGGCCGCUGCUGCUGGCAUCUCUGUCGCCUUUGGCGCUCCCAUCGGAGGAGUCCUUUUCAGCCUGGAACAACUGUCAUACUAUUUCCCCGACAAAACUAUGUGGCAAAGCUUUGUCUGUGCUAUGAUCGCAGCAGUCACUCUGCAGGCAGUCAACCCUUUCCGCACAGGCAAGAUCGUGCUCUAUCAAGUCUCGUACUCACGGGGAUGGCACCGCUUUGAAAUCAUCCCGUUCAUCAUACUUGGUAUCGUGGGCGGUCUUUACGGAGCGUUCCUGAUCCGUGUGAAUCUCAAAGUUGCCAGAUGGCGCCGAUCCCGACCUGUUUCUUCUCCUGCUAAACCCAUUGUCGAAGUCGCCGUGGUGGCCUUGUUGACAGCCUUGAAUAACUUCCCGAACGUUUUCAUGAGAGCCCAGAAUUCCGAACUGGUUCAAGCGCUCUUCUCCGAGUGCAGCAGCGAUAACUACGAUCUGUUUGGGCUAUGCCAGUCUGGGUCAGAUUCUGUCGGGGUUAUUGCGUUGUUGCUGUGGGCGGCAGCACUAGGCUUCCUCCUUGCUACGUUGACAUUUGGCCUGGAAAUCCCUGCUGGCAUUAUACUCCCCUCUGUUGCCAUUGGUGCUCUCUAUGGACGUGCAUUCGGAAUUGGUAUGAGAAUGUGGCAGGAAGCCUAUCCGAACACCUUCCUGUUUAGCAAUUGCGAGCCGGACGUUCCGUGCGUGACACCCGGCUUAUAUGCCAUCAUUGGGGCAGCUUCCGCUCUGGGCGGUGCAACUCGAAUGACACUGUCAAUUGUUGUUAUCAUGUUUGAGUUGACCGGCGCAUUGACGUACGUGAUUCCGAUCAUGAUUGCAGUGAUGCUAUCCAAAUGGUGUGGUGACAUUUUUGGCAAGCGCGGGAUCUACGAGUCGUGGAUUCAACUCAACGAAUACCCCUUCCUUGAUCACCGCGACGAUACCGCACCACCAGACGUCUGCGGUCACCGAGUCAUGACCGUCGUCGACGAUAUCACCUGCAUCACUGCUACGGGUCACACCAUUGGCUCUCUUCGCAAUCUGCUUACCAACACUUCAUAUCGGGGAUUCCCUGUGGUGUCUGAAUCCUCGAAGCCCGUCCUUCUCGGCUAUAUCACCCGCAAUGAGCUUUCGUAUGCCCUGAAAUACUCUUCCUCUCCCACCAAUCGCAAUCUAUCCGGCGAAACGCAGGUCUUCUUCGUUCAUCAGCCGUUCGCCGACCCCGUCGAGACCCUGGAUCUGCGGCCCUGGAUGGAUCAGACCCCGAUCACUCUAAACAGCAACGUCAGCUUCCUCAUUGUACUGCGGAUGUUCCAACGCUUGGGUCUGCGGUAUGUCAUCUUCGCCAACGAAGGCAUUCUCCAAGGGUUGAUGACGAAGAAAGAUGUGUGGUCUGUGCUGAAUGGAGUCGAGUUCCGUCGACAAGAAGCCAUGCGAGGAGACGAGUUUGUGGAGAGCGGUGCGGCCGAGGAGGUCGGCUUGCUUCAUGGGGAAGACCGAAGCAGCCUUAGCAGUUCGUUGAGGCGAGAUUCAUUGUGA